AUGUGUGCGUCAUUCAUGCCGCUAGAGGGCGCUCUCUCUCCACGCGGUGUUCCAGUCCCUCCUCUCACAGACAGUCCACGGCCCCGGGCAUCACCGCCUCUCCUCCGCAUUCAGACAAGUGUCAUUCCGCUUGAGCCCUGCCCUCUGCUCUGCACGCUGAGUCCCCGUGUGGAUCAACUCAGUGCGGAUCCACGGCCUCCGCGACACACCGGGGCCAGGCACCUCCUCAGGCCGACAUGCCCGCGUCCUGAGCGGCCACAUAGCAGCCGCAGCCACGGUCUCCUCCUCUCUCCUCCGCUCUCCUCCCAAGCGCGCUCCACUUUGACGCAGCAUCAUGUGAAGCCCAAAUCCAGGCCAAAGAUGGAGGUGUGUGUGUGCUCGUGCCCGUCGCCACCCACCUGA